AUGCGUAACGUUUUCUUAUUUAUCAGCUCUUAUUUUUUCGUACAUCACUCGUUGGCACUCUCUAUUCACUCGGAGAAUAUCACAGUGACGAAAGGCGAAAAUGUCAAAUUUCGCUGUCAAUUACCAUUGGAUUUCUCAUCCAAAGAUAAUAUUAUCCAAUGGAAAAAGUCUCGUUCGAACGAUGACAAUCUAAUCAUUUCAAUUAAUGGGAAAAUACCGAAGAUUUUCGAAAAUUCUUAUCAAACCGAUCUCACUAAUCAACAUAGCUCAUUGGAAUUAUUUCAUGUUAAUCAUAAUGAUUCAACAACAUACAUUUGUCAAACAUUUGAAACACAAACAAUCCUCUGUCAGUAUAAUCUUGUUGUACUAAUUAUGCCUGAGGCACCAUUAUUAACAAUCAAUAAAGUGGAUAUCGAAGAAUAUCAAGCUGUCACAUUGACAUGUUCAUCACUGAAUGGAAAUCCUCCGCCUCAAUACACAUGGUAUCGUAAUGGCACACUUCUCACUUCAUUGAAUGAACAAGUGAUCACAACGGGGAAUAGCUCGUCAUAUACAUUUAAUGUGACGCGUUUUGACAAUCAAAUCAAGUACGAAUGUCAAAUCUGGAAUCAAGCACUUGCAAGUCCAUUUCGUCUUGAACAAUAUUUACACGUAAAAUAUCGACCAUAUGUGAACAUACUUGAAGAAACAGCGAUAUUCUCAAGUGAACUAAAUCAAAUAAGAACAAUAAUCGGUAUCGAAUCUCGACAACAAAAUCUAACUUGUCAAAUUCAUGCUAAUCCGCCACCAACUGCGAUCUAUUGGAUAACGAAUGAAACGACCAUUGUUAGCCGUGAAAGAACGCUUCAUAUUCCACGUUUAAUAUCCGAACAAACUGGCGUAUACACUUGUGUGGUGGAAAAUGCACUUGGCCGGCGAAAUCGAUCGAUUUAUCUUGACGUUGAAUAUUCACCGCGCGUUCAAGCUGUUCAAUCUCGUAUGGUUGCCAAUCGUUCAGAUUCGGUUAAUCUGCGUUGUUCAUCGACUUCCAAUCCAUUGCCAUACCAAGUCAAAUGGUUUAAAAAUAACACCGAAAUCUUACGUGAUAACCAUCUCAUCGAUUAUCGAAUCGAUCACGUUGAACGAAACGAUUCCGGCCUUUAUACAUGCACUGUCUAUAAUCGUUUUCAUAACAAUCAAACAAGUAAUGGUUCAAGUACGAUUGAACUUAUUGUUCAGAGUCGGCCGAUUAUUGAAACAACACACUCAAAGAUAGCCGCAGAAGUUGGCCAUCCUCUCAUAUUGACAUGCCGCGUAUUGGGACAACCGAAACCGGCUAUAAUUUGGAAAUUCGGCGACCAAUUCAUUCAAUGUGAUGAAAUUAUCAAUGAAACAUGUUAUUUACGUUUUUCGGCAAUACCGAAGGCAAGUUUCGGUGCGUAUCAAUGUAUUGCCGAGAAUUUGCUUGGAAAAGAAGAAUGGACUUAUACAAUUGUGUCGCGAGGUAAACCUGAAACACCAACAGAUAUUCUUGUUUCGGAAAUUACAUCAUCAUCGUUUAAAAUACAAUUCUCCCCGUCGUUUGACGGUGGAAGUGGAUCACAACGAUUUACAAUUGAAAUUGCCAAUUCAUCAAAUGUCACCAUCAUCACCGAACAGAUACCAUUUAACAUUUAUGAAUAUACAGUCAAAGAUCUCAAUGAUUCGUCAUUGUACUUCUUUCGUAUCAAAUCAACGAACAUCUAUGGCGAAAGUCCAUGGAGUAUGGAUAUACCCAUACAAACAAGUGAAUUGAUCAUCACAUCGGAUGAUCUACCGCAGUUGCAUGUUGUUUCGUAUAAAUCCAAGGAAAAUCUACUUCAAUUUGAUUACUUACCAGAUAGUUCUCGUUUAUCCAAUUUGAAUGAAAAUCAGUUAUGUUUGAAUAUACGUCAAUCAUCCGAUGGCAAGCUCUAUCAAUCUGUAGACGAAUGUUUGCCAAUAGUCAAUCGUCAAGUUCAAUGGAGAAUUGGAAAAGAUCAACCGUUCUUAAAGUUAGCCGUUUGUUCAAAGAAAACUCGCGAGAUUUGCGGACAAGAAAUUGAAAUGAAAGAAGAAAUGUACAAUCGAGAUUUAACACCGAUGAUUUUUGCAGUAGCUGCUAUAAUCAGUUUUUUAGUUCUUGUAAUUAUCAUCGUCACCAUUAUCUGUGCACGAUCCAGAGCACGAAAAUCGAAACCAAAUAUGAAUAAAUUUGGUAUCGUUGGUCUUGAUAAAGAUAUUCGACCUGACAUUUCCGAGCCUCGUCUUCAAAAUCCAUAUAUGUUGUAUACAAAUACAAAUCCUCAAACACCAUCCUUUGACUAUGACUAUCAACAGCGUAAAAUAGUAAAUUCAUUUACUCAUUCACCCGAAGUUGUCGAUCACGAACAACGAAAGGAUGAAUACGGAGUUACACGACGUAUCACAAAUAUUCAUACUUCGCCUCAUUGGAACCGCAGUGAAUCUCGAUCAGGUUCAAAUCCUUCGUCAGAAUCCAGUUGUGUUACACAGCAUACAAAUAUAUUAAUCCCAACUAACACAGACACCCAACAUUCAGAUCCGGCUUCAACAUUAGUUUCACAUUAUGGUUUUCCGCCAAUUCUUUCUCCAUCACAGCAACAAUCCUCGAUUAUUCAAAGUUCGUCAUCGAGUGAAACUUCGACGCCCAAUCGCAUCAGAAAACUCUUCUAUGAAGUCGUUGUUUAA